UUGAAAAUAAUAACCGGAGGCCUCUCUCGCCUGAACAGCUAUAAUAAAGAUUAUUUAUUUUAGGGUUCCGCUCGCGUCGCCCUUGCGCUUGUCAUUCCCGUCGCGUCUCUCAACCAAGCUGUGCUGCGCGCGCCAUAACUCAAUAUAAUCAAGGCUGUGAUGGCAUCUCCACGCUCGCCGUUCCUGUCCUCCCACGUGGAGGACUGUGACAUGGACGACCAGAGUGACGAGGGCGACGGGGACGGACAGCCAGUGGGCUCCAAUGAUGAGGACACGGACGACGCCAGCGAGACAGAGUCACAGCACCGGCCAGAGGGCGAGAUCACGGAGAUCAAGGAGAGGAUCUAUCUGGACAAACUGGCCAACCUGAAGGCCCAGCUGCAGCAGCUGGCAGAGGGAACACACCCCGAGUACAACAAGAAACUGAAACGCCUUGAUAACCAGCACAAGGAACGGAUCCGGCUGACGGAGCUCUGGUUCAACUACGAGCGGAAGCUGUUCGAGUCAGAGUGCGAGCGGGACCGGCGCGCGCUGACGCGGGAGCUGGAGGAGCGGCGGACCGAGCUGCGGGAGUCGCUGAUCGCGGAACUGGAGGAUAAGAGACGACUGGUCGAGAUGGAGCGAGCGAGCAUGGAGAUCACCGGAGACAGUAUGGACAUGAAGCCGCCACCGACCCGUAAACUGCGCCGGCGGCCCAACGACCCGGUGCCGGCACAGGAGAAGCGACGCAAGCCCGUCUCCAACCAGCUCAACUUCCAGCUAGACGAGAAGCAGAUGGAGGACGACCUCCGACUCAUCGCCAAGGGCAAGCUGCCCACCCAGCAGCCCGCUAAGAAGUCCAGUUUUAUGCCGGAGUCUUCCGUCUCCCCGGCGGCCGCGGCCGUCAACAGCGAGAUCCGCAUCGAGGACAACAAACUGUUCCUGGAGCGCAAGUGGUUCCACCGCGGACAGCCGGUAUACGUGGAGUCGCGCGACAACAGCCGCUACAGCGCCGUUAUAUCGGCCAUCUCCGCCGACGCGGUCUGGGUGAGAAAGACGGCCGACAACAGCAAAGCACGCAUCUACCUGUCACACCUACAGCGAGGCAAAUGCAGUAUCAAACGGCGGGCCUCGUGAGCUGCCAGCUGCGGCACCUCUGCUGCUGUGGUGCCCCUCACCUUGCGGCAGCCUAUGCUGACGCGUAGAUUUGCUGCGCCGGCCGGCCGCCGCGGCAACCACAGCUGAGUAGCGGCAUAUACCGCCUCCCUGGGUCUCACAGUGAGAUCCACAGUAUUCGGGGCCUCAUCGUGUCUGCCACAGUCCAUGGACUGGUUCACAGUGUAAAGUACAGUCCAUGUGACGAGUCACAAUGGGUAUUACUACUCCGGAGUUUCAGUGUGUUACAGUCUAAGGGAUACUGUGUACACCAUGGCUCGCAAGAUGCUUCGAGCGUUGAUACUUCCUUCCCAAGAUAUAGUGGUGUAUCACUUCCCCGGGAUAAGGUGGUACUGACAGUCCCGGGGUCGGGAUAUCGUUGCCGCGCCUCGCGUGACUCUCAUGCGUGUUUUGUUUGUUGUCGGAGUCGGAGUCAUACCCAUCAUCAUCAUCGUCAUUGUGAAGAACCUGUCGCUGUAAGUGUGGAAAGCUCGCUUACCGGUCUGUCAGGAGAAGCCUGUUUUGUUGGGUGUGUGAUUUUUGGCUGGUGAGUGAAGAAUGUGUUUGGUGUGGGCUGGCGACUGGAGAAUGUGCUUAGUUUGUGUGGUGCUUGUGGAAAGGUGGGAUGUGAGUGAUGCUGCGCUGUGCGGUUGAUGAGAUCUCGCUCUUCUUAAACGGCGCUUUUUCCAACCAGGAACUCGUGAAUGGUUCUCAUCUAGGGUUUAUGUGUUCAAGUGAUGUCUAAAAUUUUGCCUUUACAUUGUUAGGUCGACUAUUGGAUAGCAGCAUGCGUGGUCAAAAAGUGAAGAUUGAUUCAGAAGUUUCCACCAUGUGGCUUUUCCAAAACACUGAUAUGAGUACUUAAAAAGAAAGCAUGAUAUGUUAUAGUGAUAAUGGAACCUGACUAUUCACGAUCGUAACGCCUAUUUUGCUAGAAUUAUGGUACGAAUAACCGCAAAGCCUUCAAGAUUGUAUCUUUCAGUGCAAUAAGCGAACAAUCUGGCCUGCGGCCAUAGUAAUAGGUUCUCCACGAAUUUUUCGCCUACAAAUAACCGAAUGAUGGUUAUAACAGCUUCCGUCGAAUCCUUCGACUUACGUCGGUUCUUUUUCGGAUUAUGCUGACCUCCGUAACCGAAUUUUAUUUUUAACCAAGAAACAAAUAUUGCAUUGUUUCAAGAUGCGGCUCGUCCUGAACAGCUUGAGCUCGGUGUCCGUAUUAUUGAGAAAUCAACAUUCGAAAAUGAAAUAUCUUUA